AUGUUCAACAGCACCCUGUAUUUGGGUAAUGAGCUCACCCUGAAGGGCUUCCCUAUGGCGCAGCCGAUUGCUUCUGAGGACGCUUGGGGCUUGUACGGCGCCUCCCCCCAACACAUCAUCGGAGUAGGAACAGAGUCGACGAUAUUGAGUGCCCUACGUAACGUUGGACGGAUUGCUUCGCGGUCCGUCGGCUACUACUGGGGUAUGGACUCGAUUGGCUCUAAAGACGACACUCCGGGUUCCCUGGUAUUCGGGGGCUACGACAGAGCCAAGACCUAUGGAGACGGCGAUGAGAUGGACUUCACACUUGGGAAGGACAGUUGUCGGAGUAAGAUGAUGGUUUCAAUCAGCGGCCUUUCCCUCAACUUCCGCAACGGCACCGACGUGUCGCUAUUCGCUUCGAGCAACCAGGUGAAGCCGCUACGGGCAUGUGUAGUCCCUCAGAACCCAUACAUCAUGAGCCUCAAUCAGGAACCAUACUUUGACAAACUUCUGGAUGCCAUCGGAAGCAAGUUUAUCAACUCCAGCAGGAUGCAAGGGGUUGACUAUCAAAGCGCUCUGCUCGAUCCUGAAAUGCCAUGGUACAAUGGAGACUUCACUAUCAAGUUGAACACCGGUCUAUCCAUCACCAUCCCAAACAACCAGCUCAUUGUCCCGGAACGGAGGAUCAACGAGGACGGAGAGAUCUACAGGAAUGAUUCCCAGCCGCUUCUUAGAAUCAACAGGAUGCAGGAUGGACUCAUUUCCAUCGGUCGAUUCUUCUUCACCGCUGCUUAUCUCGCCACCAAUGAAGAUGCCGGAAAGUUUACGAUCUGGAAGGCCAACCCAAGGACCGACCAAGACCUAGUGGCUCUGGACGCGAGCAACAAGCCCAUCGACAACCAGGUCACCUGCACGGCGACCCCCGUCAACACGGUUUUGGCCAAGCCAGACCAAGGUGAUGGGAAAGAGCAGAACAACGAAGACGAGGAGAAUGACCAGAACGAAAAGGACAAGGUCAGUGAAACAACAGCGACUCCGGCAGCAACUUCGACAGCAGCUUCGACAGCAGCCUCGACAGCAGCCUCGACAGCAACUUCGACACCCAAGCCAGACACAGGUCUUCCGAUAGAGGCCAAAGCCGGCAUCGCCGCUGGCGCCGGAGCUGCAGGACUCAUAUGCAUCGGUCUCUUGGCCUGGUUGAUCAUAAGACGAAAACGAAGAGCGAUGGGAGAGUCGGACGCAAUGAGCCUGGCGUCGGUACAGACAGGUUGGUCUAGAUCUGGCGACAUGAAAAUGGCCUAUCCAAGCCAAGGAUACCCUCACUUUAUCCCACAAGAGAUGGGAACAUACAAUGAGCGCCAGCCCCCGGCUGAGAUGCCCUGA